AAAGGUCAAGGUCGAUAUUUGAUGCAUUCUGGGAAAGUUGUAUAAUGCGCAGUUGUUGAGUGAGCAUCAGGAAACAACAUGGACGAAUACACACGUGAACCUUGUCCGUAUCGUAUUGUAGAUGAUUGUGGUGGAGCAUUUUCUCUGGGAGUGAUAGGAGGCUCGAUAUUCCAUUUUAUUAAAGGUAUCAAGGACAGUGCAAAGGGAAGUAGGUUGAAGGGAGGUUUUAUGUCAGUAACUACCAACGCUCCAAAGACUGGAGGAGCAUUCGCUCAGUGGGGUUUCACAUUCUCAGCCACAGAUUGUGCCUUGGUGGCUCUUCGGGGAAAGGAGGAUCCAUGGAACGCCAUAAUAAGUGGAGGUGUGACAGGAGCGGUUUUGUCGUUUAGGCAGGGCUAUACUGCAAUGUUCGGCUCAGCAGUAAUAGGGUGUGUAUUACUAGCUCUAAUAGAGGGAGUUAGUAUAGCCAUGACUAAGAUGAGUGCAGAACAGUUUAAACCUGUGAGUCCAUUAGAACAGAUGCCAGAAGACCCCAGUCAGUUAGGGCCAGCACCUGCUGGAUUUGCUAGCUUUUUCGGAGGGGGAUCAAGUACUGAGAAGGAAUUUCAAUGACAGUCUGGACUAGUUUAAUGAUGGACUUUAUAAUCACAGGGCUGGUUUCACGGAUGAACUGUAGACAGAAGGCUGGGGUCAGAUUUUUCAAAAAAGUGUAGACUCACCCUUCAGGAAAUCAAUGCCUUCAAGUACGUUUUUUUUUUUCGCUGGUUUUCCUGUCAUGCCCAACGUUAACACACUGUGGUGUCAAUUAAAAUGAAGCGUCUGAUGCAUAGUAUCAAACGUAGCAUUCUCAUGCUUGUUUGCGAUGCGUUCAGUACAUUUUGUUUAUACUGACAAGCCAAAGUUUACAUGAUACCGCAUUUGUACGCAAAGCUUUAGCUGCCAUACUUCUACAAUGCCUGUUCAAAUUUGAAAAUUUACAGAGACGUUUUCUGUCAAUUUUUUGAAGGGUGAGUCAAGAGUAAGUUUUUGGGUCAAUUUUCCACCUUACUUAGACUUCACUUACUAAGUUGUAUAUAACAGAGUGUGCCAGGCAGUUUAUCUCGGGGAUUUUUUUUAACUUUUGGCAAAUUCUAAUGACCAAAUUGCAAUUCUCUUUACAUAGAUUCUUAACUUAAAGUAUGUGAAAUGUCUUUAUUAUGAAGCUCUUAAAGCAAUAUCACAAGCUAAAGUCAACUUUGCGUGGCUGGCUAUUGAUGUGAUUUUAGCAGUCUAAGCCCAAGAACUUGGCCCUUUUUGUGAAAAGGACCCCAGGUCUUGUUUUUAAGACUGCAACUUUUGUUCUACUACUUUUUGGUAAAUGUGAAGUAGUCCACUAGGAAUAAGUUACUAUUGGCAUACCACAUUUGCCAUUUCUUUUCAUUAAACAGGAGGAAUAUUUCAUCCAAGUGGAAUGAAAUAACUUUUUUUAUAAGUCAGUAUCUGUAAAUGCAUUGACUAAAUGACAUAUGCUAUUUGAAUGGCAGUGUUUUUUUCUUCUGCAUUUGAUAGACAUUUAAUCAUUUUUGAGAUCAAGAUCUCUAAUAAUGCAUAACAACUAUUAUAGUUUAAGAAUGAGAUAGAUCAUUUUUGAAAGAUUUUAAUUGCUUGUCAGGGUUAAUUAAUUUAUUUAAUGUGGUAUAUUUCAAUGCAGCUGUUGCAAAAAAAAAGAAGAGGUCUUCAUGCGAGCUGUUUCUUCAUCGAUCGGCUGAGGAAAAUUGUUCUCCAUCGCUCCUUGCAGACACUAAUUUGGCAAACUAGAAUGUUGGAGAACAAUAAUUGUAAUCUUAGCUGAACGAUUGAAGAAACCAUGGAAGUGCUUUUCUCCUCAGAUAGGACGUGCAGCAUUGUGAAAUGAUUUCCUGUUGCAAAAUAUCACAUUUUCUCUGGCUUUUAGUCUACGGUCAUUCACCUUGUUCAGGUAGAUUUGUUAGUCAGAUAUGUCUGUUGCUUGCGUUUGCUAUGCACACGAAAGAAAGUUGAAAUUAUAUACCAACUUGGUUUUAGUGAAAAUUUUGAUGUGGUCGGGCUGGGUACCGUGAAUAGUAAUAUUAACGUGUCAAGACGAAUUUCUGCGUUUAGAGGGGAAGGGGAGAGGGAGAUCGAGAAAUGAAACCUGGGAGACUUGUUACUGGAAUCGGGUACGAGAGAGAGUCUGUUGUGGUACAAGGUCUGGUUCCCAUUGAUUUAUACAG